AUGCCAGACUCGUAUUGUUGUUCCAUUGAUGGCUGGAACCCUUGCCAUUUCAAAGUGAAGUCUUCGGGCUGGAGGUAUACCGAGUUCUGUGUUGGGUUCUUUCCGUUGUAUCCGUGCUUUCAUGUGUCAAAAGAGAUUGGCCUUUGGUCAUGGUGGAAUCUCUAG